UAAAUAAAUGAUUUUCUCAGCUUUGUUGUUUCUGAUAUUCAGAUUUGAAGUAGUUAUUGAUCAGUCACGUUGUUUUUAUUUUGGUCUGAAAUUUUUACGGUAACCAGACUCUACGCUCUCCUGAUCAAACUAUAGUUAGAUUCUGUUGGGUGACGGAACUAGAACGAGGUUCGAACUACUUCAUGUUGUGUCGUUGCUUGUGAUAUAAAUGAUCAGUAACAUAUAUUAAUAAGUAUAUACUUACGGGGCGAAUUUUGAAAUAGUUGAAUGUACGGUAGUUAUGGUGCAUCUGAUAUUUUUAGAGUACUGACGCUAUACAUAAUAUCUAUGUUCAAAAGCUGCGAAUUGUUUGACAAAUACGCAUCUACGACGAGCAGAAUUCAAAAAGCGUCCCUGUUUAAAUCUAAUUAAAAUUUAAUGGUGCAAUCUGUCCAAUAAAAUACAGACAAUCAUAUACAUAUAUAUACAUCUUUCAUAUGUAUUAAAUAACAUGCAUAUAACAAUGGAUGAAUCUAAUAAGGAAUUAAUUAAUAAUGUACCACAUUCACGGGCAAAAACGCGACCAUCUGGAAAAUGUACAUUAGCUAGGAAACGUUUAAAACAAGUGUUUAAUAUGAGAAAAUAUUAUUUAUCAGUUAUUGGAUUGACAGGUUUUGAAGCAUUAUUAGUAUUAUGUCGAGUGAUAUUGGAAACAGAAUCAUUACGUUUACCUCCCGGAAAUACUCAACGAUUAAUUUUAGAAGGUCAAUUAGCUUUAGAAUGUUUAAGUUUAUUUACAUUGACAUUAUUUGUUGUGGAAGUUCCAUUUAAAAUAUGGGCUAUGGGAAUUCGUCAAUGGGGUCGUCAAUUAUUAUUUAUUAUAGAUGGUCUUGUGUGUGCAGUUUGUUUCUCAUUAGAUAUCUAUAAUAUUUAUCGACAUUCUAGUCGAUCAUUAAGAGGGAUUACAUCAUCAAAAGUUUUAGAAUUAUGUAAUUAUUUACAUAUUACUUCACAAGCGGAUACAGCUUCAACAUUUGCUGAAAUCUUUGGUCUUAUGAUUGUUUAUAGAUUAUGGUAUAUUAAAAGAUUUAUAAAAAAAACAGUAUUCAUUAAAAGUAAACAAUCAAUUAAAAGAAUUCAAGAACUUCAACAAGUUUAUGGAGAAGCUGAUCAACGUAUUAAUCAAUUAGAAAAUAUAUUACAAGAACAAAUCGAUCGUAAAGAUAAUCAUCGAUCAAUAUCGAAUGUAAUUUUGGAUAAUAAGCAAGGACAACAACAAACAACAAGACCAAUGUCAAAAGUGAAUUAUUCCAAUCGUCCUGCACCACGUCAGUUUUCUAAUAUAGAACGUUGAUCAAUAUUUACAUAUCUAUAUCUACAUAUGUUUUAACCUAUCACUGUAUUCUUACCAUAUGAUAAGCCUUUUGCAUACUUUUUCGGUAUAACAUUUAUACUACUGCUUCAUUUUGUUAGUAGUAUAAAUGAGCUUUAAAAAAUAAAUUAUGUAGAGAGAUUAAAUUUUUCAUUUAGAAAAUUUAUAAAAGACUAUAAUGAUACUGGUUCUAAUCUAUGAUUUAUGAUGAAUUGUAUAAUAUGUCUAUAUAAAAUAAUAAUUUAAUAUUCUUCUAUAAAAA